GGUAACGAUGUGACUUCUUUCGAUCGAGGCAAAGGUCUGACUUCUUUCGAUCGAGGCAAAGGUCUGACUUCUUUCGAUCGGGACAAAGGUCCGACUUCUUUCGAUCGGAACAAAGGUCUGAUUUCUUUCGAUCGGGACAAAGGUCUGACUUCUUUCGACCGGGACAAAGGUCUGACUUCUUUCGAUCGGUGCAAAGGUCUGAAUUCUUUCGAUCCGGACAAAGGUCUGACUUCUUUCGACCGGGACAAAGGUCUGACUUCUUUCGAUCGGGACAAAGGUCUGACUUCUUUCGAUCGAGACAGAGGUCUGACGUCUGUAGAACGAGACAAAUCUGGCCUGUCUUUCCGGUCAGUUUGCUUGUAG